AAUUCAAGGCAUGAAAAAUGCUGUUCCCAAGAAUGAUAAAAAGAGACGAAAACAGUUGUCUGAUGAAGUUGCCAAACUAGAGGCAGAACUUGAGCAGAAGCACAAGGAGGAAUUAAAGCAGCUGAAGGAAGCUUCACCUGAGCAGGAUAAAACAGGUUCUAUAGCUGAUGGGGUUGCAAAUUUAGAGCUUGAAGGAGCAGAGCAACAGAUUCAGCAUCCUCGAAUAUCAAAAGCACAGAAGAGGCGGGAAAAAAAAGCUGCCUUGGAGAAAGAAAGAGAAGAAAGGAUAGCUGAAGCUGAGAUAGAAAACUUAACAGGGGCUAGACAUCUUGAAAGUCAGAAACUUUCCUCCUUAUUGGCAGCAAGGCACUUAGAGAUCAAACAGAUCCCUUCAGAUGGACAUUGCAUGUACAGAGCUAUUGAAGAUCAGCUCAAGGAUCUCCAGAAUUCCUGGACUGUUGCAACUCUAAGGAACCAAACAGCAAAGUAUAUGCGAAAUCACUUUGAUGAUUUCUUGCCAUUUCUUACAAACCCUAGUACUGGAGGCAUGUAUAGCAGAGAGGAAUUUGAAAAAUACUGUGAUGAUAUAGCAAAUACAGCUGCAUGGGGUGGUCAGCUUGAACUGAGGGCUUUGUCACACAUUUUGCAAGCACCUAUUGAAGUAGUGCAGAUGGAUUCCCCUCCUAUUAUUGUUGGUGAAGAAUAUUCAGGCAAACCGAUUAUACUUGUGUAUAUGAGACAUGCUUAUGGAUUAGGAGAACAUUACAAUUCCGUAAAAAUUCUAACAGACACUGCUACAGAAAAUGGCAGCUAGCAUACAGAAGUCAUAAAUCCACGUGGAUAACAGUUGCAUCUUAAUAUGUUGGGCUCCAGACAAAUCCCAGAAUGGAUAGUAAAACUACAUGGAAUG